AUGUCGGGGAAAGAGACAGCGGCUAUCGACACAUUGCGGCAGAUGUUUGCCGGACUUUGCUUUUGCCAUGAACAAGGCGUUUUGCAUCGCGAUGUGAAGCCCCAGAAUGUUCUCAUUAAGGGCAACAUGCAUAGCGGCUCAGCAUGCCUUAAGCUAGCGGACUUCGGACUUGCUCGGACAUUCCGGCCGGAUGUUCGUGCUUACACUAGGGAAAUCCAAACUCUGUGGUAUCGAGCGCCCGAGAUCCUCCUUGGUGCAAAAGAAUACGGCCCUGCUGUAGAUAUUUGGAGUGCAGGAGCGGUCAUCUACGAGCUUUGUGAGACGCCUGAGCCAACACUUCCCCAAAUGGAGACGAUCAGAGGCUCAGGUAUGCUCGUUAGCAUUAAUGCCCAAUUGAAUCCCACGACACAGACAAUUGUGAUGUUAAACGAGAAAGUCCACUCGACAACUGUCUCGAGGGUAUUGACAAGCAUUCUCAAGUUCUGGCCUACAGAUCGACCAUGUGCUUCCCGAGCAGUUCAGCUCUGUUCAUCAUAUCAACCUCGCGUGACCGAUGGUGUCGAGAGGAGAGUAUUCAAGCAGAAGUGA